UGGCGUCCAGUGUAAACAAGUGUUAGCAGAGUGUGUUUGAGUGUGAACAUGUCUAAAGUCCAAAUGCUGAGAUCGUUGGUGAAGCAGCGACUAACUGCGGCUGAUGGAGAGAUAUUUGGGCUGUUUGAAAGAACGAUAGCAGAGUACGAGGAGGAACUUUGUCGAUCAAAAGAGGAGAACGAGCGACAACGGAAACUACUGGACGCUGUUUUCAACCCUCAGCUUCGGUUACACAGAGCAGACGUCCAGCAGCUGUUGGUGGUUAAAGAAGAGGUUCCCCCUGAGCAGCAGGAGUGGAGCUCCAGUGUGGGCCAGGAGGACCCAGAGCCUCCACACAUUAAAGAGGACCAGGAGGACCCAGAGCCUCCACACAUUAAAGAGGACCAGGAGGACCCAGAGCCCCCACACAUUAAAGAGGACCAGGAGGACCCAGAGCCUCCACACAUUAAAGAGGACCAGGAGGACCCAGAGCCCCCACACAUUAAAGAGGACCAGGAGGACCCAGAGCCUCCACACAUUAAAGAGGACCAGGAGGACCCAGAGCCUCCACACAUUAAAGAGGACCAGGAGGACCCAGAGCCUCCACACAUUAAAGAGGACCAGGAGGACCCAGAGCCUCCACACAUUAAAGAGGAACAGGAGGAACUCUGGAUCAGUCAGGAGGGAGAGCAGCUUCAAGGGCUGGAGGAGGAUGAUAUCACCUUCACAUUCGCUGUUGUCCCUUUGAAGGCUGAAGAUGAAGAGGAAGAACCUCAAUCCUCACAGCUUCAUCAUAGUCAAAUUGAGGAGAACAGAGAGGCAGAGCCUCCAGCCAGCAGCUCAGCUGAGCAGAUGGAAACUGGAGCUGAUGGAGAGAACUGUGGAGGACCAGAACCAGCCAGGAACUCAGAUCCAGAUACACAUUUACAACCUGAGACACAUGACAAGACUGGAGAGUCUUCUGAACCUGAGACUGAUGACACUGAUGAUUGGACAGAGACCAGAGAACCUCGGUCAGGUUCAAAGUCCCUGAAAAAUUAUGAAGACCCUGUCAGUGAUUUGAGAUUUCGUGGUUGUGAGAAACCAUUCAGCUGCUCUGAGUGUGGGAAAAGAUUUGAAUGCAAACUACACUUGCAGCUACAUAGGAGAACUCAUACAGGGGAAAAACCGUUCAGCUGCACUGAGUGUGGGAAAAAGUUUAGUGAACGUGGAAAUCUGAAGGCACACAUGAGAUCUCAUACAGGAGAGAAACCAUUUAAUUGCUCUGUAUGUGGAAAAAGUUUUGGUGUAGGUGGAAAUCUGAGGACACAUAUGAGAACCCACACAGGACAGAAACCAUUCAAUUGCGUUGAGUGUGGGAAAGGAUUCAGUCAAAGUGGAUCUCUGAAGAUGCACAUGAAAACUCAUACAGGAGAAAAACCAUUUAGCUGCUCUGAGUGUGGGAAAAGAUAUAGUGAACGGCGAAAUCUGAAGGCACACAUGAGAACUCAUUCAGGAGAGAAACCACCAAGCAGCUCUGAGUGUGGGAAAAGAAAUUACAGUCGGACAGGUCCGGGGGAACACAUGAGAUCUCAUACAGGAGAAAAUACAUUGAGUUGCUCUGUGUGUGACAAAAAAUUUUCCCGUAAGAAAGAUUUCAGUGACCACAUGAGAUUUCAUACAGGAGAGAAACCUUUUAGCUGCACUGAGUGUGGGAAAAGAUAUUGUCAGAGUGGAACACUGAGGCGACACAUGAGAGUUCACACAGGAGAGAAACCAUUUAGCUGCUCUCAGUGUGGGAAAAGAUUCUAUCGUAAGAUAGAAUUGGAGGAUCACACAAGAUAUCACACAGGAGAGAAACCUUUCAGCUGUUCGGUUUGUAAGAGGUCUUUUACAGAAAGAGGAAACUUAAGGAAACACAUGAGAACCCACACAGGAGAAAGACCGUUCAACUGCUCAGUGUGUAGUAAAAGUUUCCCUCACAAACAAACCUUAAAUAAUCACAUGAGAACACACACAGGACAGAAACCUUUUAGCUGCAGUGUUUGUCACCAAAGUUUCACCUGGCGUUACCAGCUCAUAAACCAUCAGUGUCGUUCUUCACAGCCUCAUCAAACUCAGACUGAGGAGAACAGAGAGGCAGAGCCUCCAGCCAGCAGCUCAGCUCAACAGAUAGAAACAAGAAGCUGAUGGAACCAGCCAGGAACACAGAUCCAGAUACUCAUUUACAACCUGAGACUGAUGACAAGACUGGAGAGUCUUCUGAACUUGAGACUGAACACUGAUGAUUAUUGGAAAAACGUUUUAAGUAUGGUAAAAUAUUUGUCCACUAUUGUCUGAGAAUGCACCUGAGGAUUCAUACAUUAAGUUGUUCAGUUUUUGAUACAAUAUUCCCUUGGAAGAAAAAUUUAGUUUGUAACAUGAGAUUUAGGCUCGUUCAGGAGAAACCCCUGAGAAUCUCAAUCAGGGUAAAAUUCUGAAAAAUAAAGUCUGUGUCAGUGGAGUGUAAUCUGUCAGCCUGAAUGACAUUCAUCAGGUCUCUAUCAGACGGGAAGUCACACUGAGAGAAACCAUGUAAUUGUUCAGUUUUUAAUACAAGAAUCCUUGGAAGAAAAAUUGAGACUUUCACAUGAGAUUUAGAGUUGGAGAAAAACCUUUUUGCUGCUGAUUUUGUAAGACACAGUGACCACACAGGAGAGAAACCCUUCAGCUGCUCAGUGUGGGAAAAUAUUUAAAUUUAAGAUUAAUCAGGCAGUCAUGUGUCAUUGGUCGUGUGUCAUCGGUAGCAGCGGCAUUAAAACUACUGCUUCAGAUGACACUGUGAGCAGUGAUAAAACUCUGGAGCAGCAGAGGGUUGAAAUAGUUGUUGACAUGUUUCAGAUGAGAACAGUUUCUACUGUAAGCAAACAACAUUUAGGGUUGGGUAUUAUUUCACUGUUAGAGUUAUGAUCCUGGUUUUUCUUGAUGUCUCAUAUUAGUUCUUCAAAACAACUCUUCUUCUGAAACUUUUUUCUGUAAAUUAAAGCAAAGGGAAAUUACUGUCAUCUUUUAAGUUUGGUUUAUUGUUUUCUCAGCAAGGCUGUAGCCAUGGAGUCAACAAUGGGGAGGGGACCAAAUCUGCAUGUUGGUAUAAAUAAGCGUUGAGUGUUUCUGUUUGUUUUUUUUCCCACACCUUGAAAAUAUUAUACAACAACUACAACAACUCACUACUGGCAGCAGUGGUACAAAUGAACCCCCAUUACGUCCAAUUCUAGUAUCCAGGUCUGAAGUCGCAAGAGUGAUCACAUCUCUCAAGUCCUCAAGAGCUACAUAUGUAUAUGGAAUGAACAUACUAAUGAUAAAAGAAAUCUAUCCAUCAAUAAUUGGCCCAUUAACACACAUCAUAAAUAUUUCACUGAGUGAGGGGAAAUUCCCAGAAUCAUGGAAACUGGCUACUGUCAUUCCCAUAUUCAAAGGUGGUGACCCUCUCCUUACCUCCAACUAUAGGCCUGUUAGCAUUUUACCCACUGUGUCAAAGGUAUACGAGAAACUGGUCGUCAAGCAAAUCACUAAUCACCUCAAUUAUAGCUCCUUCUCUCUGCAUCCAAUGCAGUUUGGAUUCAGGGCCAAUCAUUCUACAGAAACUGCAAUAUGCUACUUUAUGGAAAGGGUUAAAGCAUCAAUGGACAUAGGAGGGUCAGUGGGGGCUGUUUUCCUUGACCUGCGGAAAGCAUUUGACACUGUUAACCACUCAAUUUUUCUGAACAAACUCCUGAACUUCAAUCUCUCCAUGGAAUCCAUCAGCCUCAUCAAAUCCUACCUCUCAUCUCGUUCUCAAAUUGUUAGAAUUGAAAAUCGUAACUCCAACCCCUUGCAAUUAUCAGCUGGUGUCCCACAAGGUUCAGUAUUCGGUCCUAUUCUGUUCAGCAUGUACAUCAAUGAUUUACCAUCUGUAUGUGAUAAUUGUGAUAUAUUAAUGUAUGCUGAUGACACAGUUAUAAUUGGUCAUGGAAAAACACCAGAGGAAGUUGCAACAAAGUUAGCAGAUGCUAUGUUAUUAGUCACAGCCUGGCUUAAACUGUCCUGUCUGCAACUUAACCUGUCAAAAACAGUCUGUAUGUUUUUCUCUAAGAAAAAAAACAAACAUAAAUGUGAUGCCAGAUGUUUUCAUCUCUGGAGAGAGGGUACAGGUGGUUACAGAAUACAUAUACCUAGGACUGCACAUAGAUUCAAACCUCAGCUUCAAAACCCACAUUAAGAAAGUCAG